AUGUCUGCUAAAUUAAACACUAAGUUCUGUAACUUCGAAUUUCAAAAUCCUUUGAUGAAUGCCUCUGGUGUCCAUUGUAUGACUACCGGCGAUCUGGAUGAAUUAGCUAACUCUAAGGCUGGCUCUUUCAUUACGAAGAGUGCAACAUUAUCAGAAAGAGCUGGUAACCCUGAACCUCGUUACAUUUCGGUGCCUCUGGGUAGUAUUAAUUCCAUGGGUCUACCAAACAAAGGUAUUGAAUACUAUCUCGACUACGUCGUCAAUCGUCAAAAGCAAAAUCCAAACGAUGCACCAAUAUUUUUUUCUGUUGUAGGUAUGAGUAAGCAAGAGAUGCUGGGAAACUUACAGAAGAUUCAAGACAGUGAAUUCACUGGUAUUACUGAAUUAAACUUAUCAUGUCCAAAUGUUCCAGGUAAACCACAAGUUGCCUAUGAUUGUGAUUAUACAAAAGAAAUCUUAACUGAAGCGUUCAAGAUUUUCAAGAAGCCUUUAGGUAUCAAAUUACCACCUUAUUUUGAUUUUGCCCAUUUCGAUAUCAUGGCCAAGAUCUUGAACGAGUUCCCAUUGGCUUACGUUAACUGUAUCAAUAGUAUCGGUAAUGGCCUUUACAUCGAUGUUGACUCUGAAACAGUUGUUAUCAAACCAAAGGACGGUUUCGGUGGUAUUGGUGGAGACUACGCGAAGCCAACCGCCUUAGCUAACGUUCGUGCUUUCUACCUUCGUUUAAAUCCAAGCAUCAAGAUUAUAGGUACUGGUGGUAUCAAGACUGGUAAGGACGCUUUUGAACAUCUCUUAUGUGGUGCUUCCAUGCUUCAAAUUGGUACUGCUUUACAAAAAGAAGGUGUCUCAAUCUUUGAACGUAUUGAAAGGGAAUUAAAAGAAAUUAUGAAUGCUAAAGGUUAUAAAACAAUCGAAGAAUUCCGUGGUACAUUAAAGAGUUUAUAA